CCUGCAGGGAAAUAUCCUCCAAUAGGAGCCCUGAGCACAGUGUAGAUACGCUACUCUUUUAUCUGCAGAUGGCCAGUUACUCUCUCUAUCUGAAAUGCUGUAAGCUGGUGAGGGUGAGCCUGCUUUGACCAUUGAGGCAGAGGUUGACGAUGCUGUGCAGCCCUACUAAUAAAGUCUCUUUUUUAAAAGAGAUGAGUCAAAGAAGCCUUAGGACUUAUUUUUUACAACCUGUGAGCUGUCACUGAGUCUUUAAAUUGAAGCAUGACAUUGUGCAGUGAUGCGCUAACGGAGGAAGAAGUAUAACAGAAUCAAGGAUGUCCUUUGGGAAGCUGACGGAGUCUGUUUCAAAUGUAACAUCCAGCUGCAGUGAGAUGGAACUGAAGACUUACACACGCAGGCACACUUUCUGUGGGACAAGGGACGUGCCGCAAACGGCACCUCUGGCCUCUUGAGCAGUUUCAUUCAGACCACUUAGGAGCCCAGCAGAACAUGGAGCGGCGGGGCAAGGGCGGCAGCAGCAGACCCUCGGAGGGCAGCCUGUGUACGAGCCUGGAAGUAAUUACUGCAACAGCUUUUCUGAUGUGGAUGCGAUUGCAAAAUGGACAACAGCAGGAGGACUCCUCAGCGACUUCUGCACAGCGGGCUGAGAGCACCACCUCAAAUAAGGCGUCUCAAUCGAGAAGUAAGACCUCUAAGGAAAGAAACACCAGGAGGAGGAGCCCGGGGACCUGUAGGCCGAGCACAUCCUAUAUCAAAGAGUGAAAAGCCCUCUGCAAGUAGGGACAAGGACUGCAGAGCAAGAGGGCGAGAUGACAAGGGAAGGAAGAACAUGCAAGACUGUGCAAGUGAUGGUGAAAUUCCGAAGUUUGAUGGUGCUGCGUAUGAUAAGGAUCUGGUGGAAGCCCUUGAGAGAGACAUCGUCUCCAGGAACCCCAGCAUUCACUGGGAUGACAUAGCAGAUCUGGAGGAAGCUAAGAAGUUGCUGAGGGAAGCUGUGGUUCUUCCCAUGUGGAUGCCUGACUUUUUCAAAGGGAUUAGAAGGCCGUGGAAGGGUGUGCUGAUGGUUGGGCCCCCAGGCACUGGUAAGACCAUGCUGGCUAAAGCUGUUGCCACUGAGUGUGGCACAACUUUCUUCAACGUCUCCUCUUCUACGCUGACGUCCAAAUACAGAGGCGAAUCUGAGAAGUUAGUUCGUCUGUUGUUUGAGAUGGCUAGAUUUUAUGCCCCCACCACCAUCUUCAUUGAUGAGAUAGAUUCUAUCUGCAGUCGAAGAGGAACCUCUGAUGAACACGAGGCAAGUCGCAGAGUCAAGUCUGAACUACUCAUACAGAUGGAUGGAGUUGGGGGAGCUUUAGAGAAUGACGAUCCUUCCAAGAUGGUCAUGGUGCUGGCUGCUACGAACUUCCCAUGGGACAUUGAUGAAGCUUUGCGAAGGAGGUUAGAAAAAAGGAUAUAUAUACCUCUCCCAACAGCAAAAGGAAGAACUGAACUUCUGAAAAUCAAUCUCCGUGAGGUUGAAUUGGAUCCUGAUAUUCAGCUGGAAGAUAUAGCAGAGAAGAUUGAGGGCUAUUCUGGUGCUGAUAUAACUAAUGUUUGCAGGGACGCCUCUUUAAUGGCAAUGAGACGGCGAAUCAAUGGCUUAAGCCCCGAAGAGAUCCGUGCUCUUUCUAAAGAGGAACUUCAGAUGCCUGUUACCAAAGGAGACUUUGAAUUGGCUCUUAAGAAAAUUGCUAAGUCUGUCUCGGCUGCAGACUUGGAGAAGUAUGAAAAGUGGAUGGUUGAAUUUGGAUCUGCUUGAAUUCCUGUCGGCUCUUUCAUUUCUGGUGUUUUUGUUUAUAAAAUAUGAAGAAAUUCCAGCAAUUUUUUUAGAAAAAAUAGCAGGUUUGGAACUUUUCAUGGAGAGAUUUUUUUCUUAAAGGAAAAAAAGAAUGUAAAACCACAGAGAAUAUAAAUGUAGCUGAGAAAUAAGAAAAGCUUACAUAGAAAGUCUGGUAUCUGCAUAGCCAUGCAUUACUAUUGUCCUCCAAAACCAGAGUAUCGGGGGCCGGAGAAGGCGACCAGUGGCUGUUGUAGAAACUUGUUUACAGAAAAUUGAGAAGGACCUCUGUUUUCUCAAUUGCAUGGGUUGUUUUUUGUUUUUUGGGCUUUUUUUUUUUUCUUCCUAUUCUUUGCGUUGAACAUGAGGGACCCACAUCUGCUGACUUUUAACAUCAGGACUGGGUUUUUGUCAGAUCCAUUAUUUGUUGUUAAGAGUGAUGGUUUUAGAUGAAGCAGCAACUCUGCUGCUAAACGUUUAGAAUUCAAUGAGUACUGUUAGAGUCCCUUCUGUAUGAAUUGUUACCUUCCCUUUCCUCACCACUUCUUCUCUUAGCUAUUUACUCGUUUAUUGAUCUCUGAGGGGGAGUAUCUUCCGGCUUUGUGGUUUUUGAACCGUUCCGGCACGUGGCUUCUCUAGUCUCCACUGUGCUGGCAGAGUUUCAUCUUGGAAGAGUGGGGUGAACACCGUGCUUGCUGGAUGCUCUUCUUCAUUCCAGAAUUCAGAGUUCGUUUUUGCUUUGCCUUCAAUGUGUCCAACAGAUAAAUCCUUUAUUUUUCUUACCUCCACCGUUGUUUGUUUUUUGCUGAACUCGCCUUUCGCUAUUCUAGAGAAAUGCUUUGGCAUUCGAAACAAGUCCACUCUCUGUUGUGGCUAAUACAAAACAAACGAAGCAAAAUCUUGAUGGUUUUCUAGACAGCUCGUUCUUCGAUAAAAUAGCAUUGUUCAUAAUGAACGAUGUUCAGCUGAAAAUUUAAAAACGACCCCUCGUCCAGGUUAAGAGCUUGUUCAGACACACUAAGAGUAGAAAUCUGAGGUGCCCAUUCAGUUCAGUAGGGAUUAGAGGGAAGAAGGAGGCCGGAAAAGGAGAGGCCCUGGAUCCAAUCCCAAGGAGGGUAGCCUCUUGUUAGUUUUGAAAAAUUACAUGGCUCCUAUUCUGAUGGGGCAGCAGAUACUUUCAUAGUCAGGCAUUUAAAAAUUUGCAUUUGAGGGAGUUCCCGUCGUGGCGCAGUGGUUAACGAAUCCGACUAGGAACCAUGAGGUUGCGGGUUCGGUCCCUGCCCUUGCUCAGUGGGUUAACGAUCCGGCGUUGCCGUGAGCUGUGGUGUAGGUUGCAGACGCGGCUCGGAUCCCGCGUUGCUGUGGCUCUGGCGUAGGCCGGUGGCUACAGCUCCGAUUCAACCCCUAGCCUGGGAACCUCCAUAUGCCGCGGGAGCGGCCCAAGAAAUAGCAACAACAACAACAACAACAAUAACAACAACAACAAAAAAAAAAAAGACAAAAAAAAAAAAAAAUUUGCAUUUGAGGAUAUCCUGAAUUUUCAAUUUCAGACAGCAACUACUGGUUUAAAACUAAAACUAAUACAGCUUUUAAACACCUAAAAAUAAACUCUUAGCAUCUUGCUUAAUUUUUUUCCCUGCCGAGAACUGUAUAAUCUUAGAUAACUUAGGUCUGACUUUGAACUGCAGUAUUCUUCAAGGGCUUAAAUUUACCCACCCUUUUCUCUGAGGCAUAGGUUACAAGGAGUUAAAAUCAUGAGAUACCAUGAUUUUAUUUUAAUUGGAUUAGUUCAUCUUAAAAGUUGAAAUGAGGGAAGUUUCCUUUUAAUCAUGAACUUUUAAAAUAAAGAAAUAAUCCCACUAAGAUAACCCUGCAGACUCUUGCCAUCGAGUAACUUACUUUUUCCCUGAAGUCCUGGCGGCAGUCGUUAAAACCUUAGUGUUUUUUGCUAAAACUUGUUUGUGUAUUUUAGUUGAUUAGUUAGAGCAUUUAAAAAUAUUUGUGUCAUUUGUCACGGCUUACAUUUUAAUUUUUAUCUGAAUUCUCAAUGUACCGUAACGUGGUAAUUGUGAUUUUUAAAAAAACUGUCGGUUGAGCAGCGUUUGGAGACUCAAGCUUCCUGGGAGCUUAUCUUGACCAUGUUAAGUUGGUCAGGUGUGCUUUCUUAUUUCGCUGUUUCUCAUUUUGCUGUCAGUGGAUGGUGAAGUCUGUGUCUUCUUAAAGGAUCUGGACGAGAUCCCUGAGGUGUUGUGUCUGAUCUUUAGCAUACACGAUGUGUACAUUGUCUUUAUUGCAAGACUGUGUUGCCUUUCCCAGAAUGAUAGAGUUUGUGCUUUGCUUUGUCUUAUGUUUUCUGUCGCAUUAUUGAAUUAGAAAGAGUUGAUUCCUUUAAUUCAUCUGAAAACCUGAGUGUUUGGAGUUGUGCGACACAGGGCUGUUAAGGACUGAGUUCUGUGCUCUUCCGUCUUGCAGACGUCUGAUCAGAUAGAUAGACCUCCGCUCAGCAGGCUCAAGGUGGCUGCUUGCUGCAGACACGCCCCCGGCUGGGGGCUCUGUGACUCACAGAGUUGGUCCAGGCGGUACGGUUCCGACUGGGCUCUUUCUGUAAUUACACGGUGUAGCUUCUGGCUCCACCUGUGAAACAAGUUCAGAUCAUGAACAGAAGGCACCAUGCUCUGCCUGGGCUUUGGCAAGCUAGUAUGUAGAAGUUUUUCUCUUUGUUCCUCUCUUUAAAUUUGCUUUAAGGUCAGAACUGGUAUCCAGUUGCUUGAGCAGUCUGUUGUAGAUCUGGCUAUUUCCACUCUUUUUGUCAUUUCCCAAGCUGCAUGUUUUAUUUGUAAACACAUACACAUAUAAUUAUGGCAAACAUGUGGACAUGUUACGUGUUUCUUGCCAACAUUUUUCUAGCGUAAUUCCUUUAUUUUUAAAAGGAAAUUAAUAUUAAUGGAAUGUGCCAGGCAAGUGGCUUUCUCAUGUGGGCUGAAACCGUCUUUCGACCCAAGUAGGAGAUAGACGAUGGCAUCACAGACUUCCUCUCCCAGUCCCCAGCUGUGUAGGCAUCUAGAGUGACCAGACACACUCCGGGCUCCAGGCUCUGCCUCCAGAAAUGCCAAGACAACUAGGAAGAGGUAACGUGUUGUGGUCUAGCUGCCUAACAGGGGGUUUUGUUUGGGCGCUGAAGAUUGCAGUUUUUCUGAUGUGACAUUCGACUGUCAAAAAAUUGGUUGAAAUCACUGAUUACUCAAACUGUGAGCAAACGAGUGUCUGGUGAAUCUAGUGUAAACAAACAUACAGCUACGUCAGGAAAAAUGUGUGUUUACAGCCCAGAUUUUCAGUAUAAUUGUCACUCUUUCACUUCUCUACAUGUAGCCUGAUUCUUUUGAACGUGAGAUUAUUGAUACUGUAGGUUGUGAACAGCUUGUGUUUGUUCGAAUUCCUUCCUUGGAAGUUUCUGUGUACCCUGCUGAAUCUAGGACGAGCAUCAAAGACCAGGUGACAGUCCUAUUUCACUUUCCCGACCCAAGGACCCUGAGGUGAAGUGAAGGGCUGAGGCAGGUAUUGCGCCUUGUGUGGGAUUCGGCUUCUGUGUUGGCUUGACUCUUGAGUCUUUUUGGCAUAAUAGUAGAUUCCCACUCUUCCUUUUCUCUUGUUAAGGUGAGUCACCUUAGGAUAUGUCUUGUAUAAUAGGCAUAAAAUGUUAAGGAUGAUUGCUGGCCUUUUCUAAGAAAAGGCCGCUUUAACUAUAUGAAGAAACAAUAGUAAUUAUUCUCUUAACAUUUGUAUCUUCUGUUCCUUAACUGUUUUGAUUGUAUAGUAUAUUUAUAGCACUUACUUUGUGAUGGACAUAAUGUUUAGGAGAAUCUAGACUGUCACAGUAGAAAAGGGUAGGAAUUACAGGGGAAUACAAACAUUUUAAAGCCCAAAUAAUUGUAUUCUCAGCUCCACUAAUUAUUUUUUUGCAGACAAAGCUAAAAAAACUGUAUAAUUACUAUGUUUACUUGUUUAUGCUUGUAAAUUAGGCUUUUUGUACUUAUUUAAUUUUUUAGAACAUUUGCUUUUAAUAUUGUUUUCUCUUGUGGCAACUGUAUGGCUACUUAAAAAAUUAAGUCCCUAAGAUAACAUAUGUUUUUAAACAUUCACAAAUUAACAAUAAUUCUUUGAAUUUUUAUUAGGUUUUUUGGCUUUGAGCAACUCUUUAGCUUUAGCAAUAUUUCUGAAUUUUCAGGUGACUUGUUAAUAAAAACAGGAAAGAUGUUAAGAAUAUUAAGGGAACAUCGUCAAAUUUAUUCUUUUUAGUUUACAUUUCUCGUUUCUCGAUUGACUUGACUUUAUUUGUGUAGAAAUAACCUAGAUUCUGCUUUGUCGCCAACAGUGUGUAGGUUUCUGUACAUUUGGAAAUUUGGCAUAACAAAUAGGGAAUUGAUAUGGAGGUUUUCUUCCUAGGAAAGGCCUCCCGUUUGAUUUUAUGUUCAAAACUAUAAAAUGCACUUUUGUUUUACAACCUCUGAAGUGACUAAAUGUUGCCCUUUGGAAAACCUGAGUGUUUGCACACGUUAUUUCCAAAGUCUGCCUCAGUGAGCCAGGCUUAGGUUUAGGGGAUGCAUUGAAACCGUACUGAAGUUUAGUUUGUCAUCUACGCAGGUUCAUUUAAGUGCUUCCUCUCUCUCCUAACUUUUUUUAACACUGAAAUUUUAACUUAAGAUAUCUGUUAUUCUUCCUCUGGCAAAGCCGUGUAUACCAAACUAAGCCUCUGGGGAACGUCUGCCUUGGUCCUCCCCUCGUUGGUACGUCCGGCUGCCUCACCCGGAUGUGCUGGAGCAGCUGCAGACACGGCCCCCUCCUCGCAUCUUCCCACAGCCCACAGACACAGACUCUUGUGACCGCAUUGAAGAUCUCGGGACCUAAGGGUUCCUGGGUCCGUUCUUCAAGGACUCGAGUGCUGUAUGAAAAUGCACAGAGGUGGACGCGUGGCUCUCCACGCAGCGGCAGCCGGCGCGCGUGCCUCUGGUGAACGUUGUGCAGACAGGGUCCCGUGAGAUCCGUGUGUAUUCUGAGGGCUUUUAAGUGUUCUGCUAAGAUUUUUUGUUCCAGUGUCUGUCUGCCAGUAUUUUGAACCUAACUUAAAGAAAAAAAUGUUUCUAAAUUGUAUUUAUUAAAUGUGCAGCUACAUUGCUAGUGCCACAAGCUUAGCUGUGUCUGUGCAUAGAUUGUAAUUUGGUAAUAAAUUUCUAGAGUGCUG